UCCCGAGUUGUAGUCGAAAUGCAUUGUGGUCCAGAUCCGCCCAGACGGACAGGUUUUGAAGUGUUUCUUGUCUUGUCAUUCAACGAUUUAAAACCCGCUUUACAUGUUGUUUUAGUGGUUACGUGUCAUAUAGACACAUGGUCAGUUCGAGCUAUUUCUUGACGCUUUGGCAAGGGAUUUAUCAACUUUUUUUGAGCACCACUAUAACCUCAAUCUCCCAGGACUUGAUGCUCGCUGCCACCCUGAUCUCUCUAACCCAUUGAUGACCCCAUCUCGUACCGGGCCAAGAUGAAAGCUCUGAUCCUAGUUGGUGGCUAUGGGACGAGACUCAGACCUUUAACCCUCAGUGUCCCUAAACCACUGGUAGAGUUUGCCAACAAGCCCAUCCUUCUGCAUCAAGUUGAAGCCCUGGUCAAGGCUGGAGUUAACCAUGUGAUCCUGGCUGUAAGUUACAUGUCCGAUCUGUUGGAGCGAGAGAUGAGGGUUCAGGAAGAGAGGCUUGGGAUUAGAAUCUCCCUGUCACAUGAGAAGGAACCGCUUGGAACAGCCGGUCCUCUUGCUCUGGCCAGAGAGCUGCUAACGGACAACGAUGAGCCAUUCUUCGUCCUCAACAGUGACGUAAUCUGUGACUUCCCCUUCGAGGACAUGUUAAAGUUCCACAAGCACCACGGCAGAGAGGGAACCAUUGUGGUGACGAAGGUAGAGGAGCCGUCGAAAUAUGGCGUGGUGAUGUACGAGGCAGAGAGCGGACGCAUCCACCGAUUCGUGGAGAAACCCCAGGUGUUCGUCUCCAACAAGAUCAACGCUGGGAUGUACGUCUUCAGUCCAUCCACGCUCAAGAGGAUCAAGCUGAAACCCACCUCUAUUGAGAAAGAGAUCUUCCCGUUCAUGGCUGAGGAGAACCAUCUCUAUGCCAUGGAGCUACAAGGGUUCUGGAUGGACAUUGGUCAGCCUAAGGACUUCCUGACGGGGAUGUGUAUGUACCUGCAGUCUGUAAGACAACACACACCUGACAGACUGAAGACUGGGCCUGGGUUCCUGGGUAACGUACUGGUGGACCCUACUGCCCAGAUAGGGGAGAACUGCACCAUCGGGCCCAACGUGACCAUCGGGGCUGGGGUGGUGCUGGAGGACGGGGUCAGGAUAAAAAGGUGUACGGUACUGAAGGGGUCAAGGGUCAGAUCACACUCUUGGCUCGAGUCCUGCAUCGUAGGGUGGAGCUCCUCCGUAGGACAGUGGGUGCGUAUGGAGAACGUGACAGUCCUCGGGGAGGAUGUUAUUGUGAACGAUGAGCUCUACCUCAAUGGUGCCAAUGUGCUUCCUCACAAGUCCAUCACCGACUCAGUGCCUGAACCACGCAUCAUCAUGUAGUUCUACAACAACAGACAGGCCACCUGGGCUUUAUUAGAACCGGGCCUCAAGCUCUUCAAGGGUUCUAGUAGUACUGGGUACCGGUCCGAUUCUGCUAACAUUCCACUCCUUGUCCUCUGUCAUAUGCUAUAUGUUUUUAGCACGGAGGAGUGGAAUGAAGGCAGAAACAGACUGGUACCCAGGCUAGGGUCUGGGUAGUGGGGGCUAACAUUUUAAACCAAGGACAACUAGCUAGCUAUGGCCUGGUCUAGAAUCAAUUCCUAGCUCCUCCACCAUAGACUCUUAAAUAGAUCUGAAUCGAUUCCUAGCUCCUCCACCAUAGACUCUUAAAUAGAUCUGAAUCGAUUCCUAGCUCCUCCACCAUAGACUCUUAAAUAGAUCUGAAUCGAUUCCUAGCUCCUCCACCAUAGACUCUUAAAUAGAUCUGAAUCGAUUCCUAGCUCCUCCACCAUAGACUCUUAAAUAGAUCUGAAUCGAUUCCUAGCUCCUCCACCAUAGACUCUUAAAUAGAUCUGAAUCGAUUCCUAGCUCCUCCACCAUAGACUCUUAAAUAAAUCUGAAUCGAUUCCUAGCUCCUCCACCAUAGACUCUGAAGUAGAUCUGAAUCAGUUGGUUAGUUGAGGUACAUGCAGUAUGAUAGUAGCAUCACCUUGCCUUCUGGUGGGUUAGGGGGUGUUUUUAAACACUUCUCUUUUGCAAAAUACCUUUUUGUUUUUCAAUGAAGCAAACCUGUAUAAAUAAAGGAUCCAUAUCUGCCAUAUUGCUGACCCUGAUUCAAACCUCUAUGUACACUAGGGGUUGAGUCUGGCUGGUUAGGGGUUGAGUCUGGCUGGUUAGGGGUUGAGUCUGGCUGGUUAGGGGUUGAGUCUGGCUGGUUAGGGGUUGAGUCUGGCUGGUUAGGGGUUGAGUCUGGCUGGUUAGGGGUUGAGUCUGGCUGGUUAGGGGUUGAGUCUGGCUGGUUAGGGGUUGAGUCUGGCUGGUUAGGGGUUGAGUCUGGCUGGUUAGGGGUUGAGUCUGGCUGGUUAGGGGUUGAGUCUGGCUGGUUAGGGGUUGAGUCUGGCUGGUUAGGGGUUGAGUCUGGCUGGUUAGGGGUUGAGUCUGGCUGUUUGAGGGGUUGAGUCUGGCUGUUUGAGGGGUUGAGUCUGGCUGUUUGAGGGGUUGAGUCUGGCUGUUUGAGGGGUUGAGUCUGGCUGUUUGAGGGGUUGAGUCUGGCUGUUUGAGGGGUUGAGUCUGGCUGUUUGAGGGGUUGAGUCUGGCUGUUUGAGGGGUUGAGUCUGGCUGUUUGAGGGGUUGAGUCUGGCUGUUUGAGGGGUUGAGUCUGGCUGUUUGAGGGGUUGAGUCUGGCUGGUUAGGGGUUGAGUCUGGCUGUUUGAGGGGUUGAGUCUGGCUGGUUAGGGGUUGAGUCUGGCUGUUUGAGGGGUUGAGUCUGGCUGUUUGAGGGGUUGAGUCUGGCUGUUUGAGGGGUUGAGUCUGGCUGUUUGAGGGGUUGAGUCUGGCUGUUUGAGGGGUUGAGUCUGGCUGGUUAGGGGUUGAGUCUGGGUUGGCUACCUGCCAAUAUGGUGGUAGAAAUGGAUAGACAGUCAGUGUCUGAAAUGGCACCCUAUUCCCUAUAUAAUGGCCUACUUCUGACCAGGGCCUUAAGGGCCCAAUUCCCUAUUUACUACACUACAUUUGACUGGGGGCUCUGGUUGACAGUAGUGCACUAAAUAAGGAAUAUGGUGCCAUUUGGGAUGUUUAUGCUCUGAUGCCAACUUCUUCUGCUGCCAGUCUACUGACUCUACUGUUGGUUUGAUUAGGAUCGUCAUCGAUCAAUAGAAUAUAAUAAUACUUUUUUGUUUUGAUCUUAAGGAUUCUGGUUAAGCUGAUCGUUUAGACCCAACAGUGUCUGUGAAAUUGUCCCCCUUUUGUGAGCCGUUCCAUUUGAAUUUCCUAAUCAAAUUUCCUAAUCAAAUUUCCUAAUCAAAUUUCCUAAUCAAAUUUCCUAAUCAAAAUCAAACGAUACUCGUAAAAGUCCUUCUUCGCAUCCUGUCUCCUGCUUUGUUUCUGACACGUUGAGAAGGAGCUGAGAGGAAAGAAGGUGAGGAAUCAAGGAAGCACUUUUGAGAUUCAUUCAAAGCCUACACAUAUUAUUGCUACAGCCUUCCCUGUAGCUCAGUUGGUAGAGCAUGGUGUUUGCAACACCAGGGUUGUGGGUUUGAUUCCCACAGGGGGCCAGCACAGAAAAGAAAUGUAUACAUUCACUACUGUAAGUCGCUCUGGAUAAGAGCGUCUGCUAAAUGACUAAACAUUUUUUUUUAAAUAGCUCGUCUUUUUUAAGAGGAAUUGUUUUGUCGGUGACUGAUCCGAUUUGUAUUUUCCCCCAAAGACCACUAGAGUACUGCGAUAUAGAGUUAAACGUCCAGAUUGUAAAAUAUACAUCUUUCUCUUCUAAAGGUGAGCAGUAGGUUUGAAUAUUCCCGUUAACUUUCACCCAAAUUUGCCGGUUUUUCCAGAAAUCCUUGUUUGGAAUAUUCCUGGAAUUACAAGGGAAUAGCCAGGAAAUCCAGCCAGGAUUUUGAAGAAAGCUCAGGGGAAUUUUGCAACUAGUUUGAUGUAAAGAUCGUUCUUCAAUGUAUCCCUUGUCUAACCGAUUUGUGAUGUGUCAAUCACCAUGGAAGCUAUCAGUGGACCUGUCAAUCAAUCAAACAGUAACUACUGAUGUCCAAAUGAAGUGGACUCCUUUUAAUGAAGUAGUUUUAUCAUAUUAAUAUAAUUAAUUAAUUGAACAAAUUGUUAUUUUUUUCCCCUUCGUUUUUCUAUCACACAAUUGUCUAAUGUAUGUAAUAUUGUUUUGAGAUUUAUUGAUGAACGAUAUCAAUAAAAAUGAGAAGCGUUUCUCAAACACAUCUCUACCUACUUUA